UUCAAAUGAUCACUGAUUUGCAGAAGAGGUGCAACGAUAUGUCUCAGAGCGAAAUCAAACUCCGCACAGAACUGGGCGUAUAUACCGGCAAAUACGAAGAGUUUCAGUCCGUUUUGACCAAAAGUAACGAUAUGUUCGCCGGCUUUAAGAAAGACAUGGAAAGGAUGUCCAAACAGAUCAAGAGAUUGGAAAAAGAGACACUCCUUUGGAAGGGAAGGUGGGAAACGAGUAAUACAGCUCUACUUAAACUGUCCGAUGAGAAACAAAAGCGCGAUACCGAACACCUGAAGGCCUUACAAAAGAUUAUUACAUUAGAGAAGUUGUGUCGCGCGAUGCAAGAGGAGAGGGCUUUACUCCACGAACGGCUGCUUCAGGUCGACACUGACAGCGAACUCGUCGUCAGUUCCGGUCAACCAAACGGCGAGACUUCGGAGACGGAGAGUGCGGCACAAACGCCAACCGAACCAUCCAUACCUCUGGUCCACGAGACCGACGGCAAUACGGAAUCUCAGCCAUCAAUCAAUUAGACUCUGCUUUGCUUUUGUUCAACCAUUUUCAAUGCGCCACUGAAUCCUUGUUAGAAGUGCUUUCAAAACAUGUAAUUCCGAGCCAUAGACUAGUGUUAGAUUUCAUAUAACGCUCAGCAACUGAUAACCGCUAUUUAUUGAGUCCAUUAUCGAGUGCCUUAAAUACUGUAUUUAACUUUUAACGGUGUCUUAAAUUAAGUGCAAAUAAUAAACACAAUCCUUAUUUCCAAAAAA